CUCAUCAAAACUAACGGAUUACAGAUCAUCCGCAGCCGCCCCACCACCGUGAUCUGCCGGCCGUCAUGGAAAUAACACAAGUCCACACCUUAAACUUCACCGGAGUCAUCUCACAGUCAAAGAGAAUCAUCUUCUCCAGGUACACCCACUUCAUCGCCUUCUCUCUUCUCUUCCUCCCUCUCUCUUUCUCUCUCAUCAUCAGCCCCACCCUCAGCCGCAAUCUCUCCGACCAACCCUUCACCAACGACAACUCAAACAACCAUCAAAAGCUUCUAACAUCGUAUCUUCUUUACACCCUGAUCGUCCAUGUCAUCGCCUUAUGUGCCAUAGGCACGAUAACCUACACCACACACCAUGCUUUCUUCGGUGAGCCGGUCAACUUCUUAGACACCCUCAAGUCCCUAAUCUUCUCCUUCUUCCUGCUUGUUUCGACCGCGAUUGCAGCUUAUGUUCUUAUAGUUUUGAUCACCAUAUGCUUCCUUUUGUUUGUUGUAGCAGUUCUUAUAUUAGCAAACACCUCAGGGUUUGUUAUUGAUUACAAUUCGGUUUACAUCCUGUGGUUUUCGGCAAUCAUGGGUGCGGUUCUGAUUGCGAUUAUUGUAUACUUUCACGUGAAUUGGUCGCUGGCUUUUGUCGUUGUUGUGGUGGAAUCAAAAUGGGGAUUUUCGCCUUUGAAGCGGAGCAAGUAUUUGAUUAAAGGGAUGAGAUUGGUUUCGUUGUUAGUUAUGUUGUGUUUUGGCGUUUUUGGUGCGUUCAUAGUGGGGAUUUGCUCUUCAUGUCUAGAUGUUUUCGCGCUUAAGAUGAUUGGUUCGCUUGUUGUAAUGAUGAUCUUACUUGGGAUCACUGCGGCCAACACCGUGCUGUAUAAUUACUGCAAGGCUUUGCGGGGUGAAUUGGCGCUUGAGGUUGCGGAGCCUGAGGUGUUUGUUCACGACUACGUUAAUUUGCCUUCGGAUGUAACAUGAUGAUCCAUGGAGGAAGCCAAUAUCUUCAAAUGUAACAUCCAAGGCAAAUCUUACAUCUUGUGGAUAAAACAAGAGCAUUGGCAUCACGAGAUGUUUACGGACCCUUCCACAUUACGCUAUCUCAAAGACAUCAGACGGGCUACCUCAUUGUCUCCUAUCUUCUCAAAGAAUGGUUAGUGCCCUUCAUGGACAGUUGCCUCUCUCUCCUCGCCGUGUCAGCAACGUCAGUCACUCUCUUUUCCCUCUAAAUUUCAUGCCCGUUGUCCGUCUACCCAAAAACCUAUACCUGGGUUACAAACGGCCUAAGGGAUGCGCAAACUAAGAUGUAGGGCUGGAAACGAACCAAACGCUCAUGAACCGUUCGGCGAGAAGUUCGUUUGUAUUUGUUUGUUUAUUAAACAAAUGAACAGGGGCAAGAAAUUUCGUUCGUUUAGUUAAGUGAACGAACAUGAACAAAAGGCAUGCUCGUUCAUUUAUGUUCAUGAACGUUCGUUGACAUGUUUGUUUCUGUUUGAUAAUUCAUUAGUAUCUUAAGUUUUUAUAUUUUAUUUAAAUGUUCCAAAAUUCCGACAACUAAAAUAUUUAAUAA